GAAAACGGCGUCGCAAAAGGGAGAAUUGUUUGAGAGCUCAGUCAUCCAAAAACGGCCUUUCAAUGUGAGAACUUGGGGAGCCGAAGAAAAUGUCGGUGGUAUCGCAGUAAAUUACCAAACACAGCAGCAGCAGCAGUAGUAGUGAGGCUUUUAGAGGCAACAAGAGACGCGAAGACGUGCUGCGUUUUUGGGACUAAACCUGAGCGAGCAGAGGAGAGACACGGAGAGGAGAUAUCGGGCGGUUACAGCGUGGUGUGAGCACCAACCAGAGCAGAUUUGGGGGGACGUGUAUGGAAGAUGUCUGGAAAGAGAGACUGGACUCCGUGGAUGAAAAAGAGAAGGGCUCCAGUGUUGUGUGCUCUGGGUGCAGUACUCCUAUGCUGCCUUCAGAGCGCCGCCUCCAUCUCUGAUGAGGUCCCAGCUUUCACCGAAGAGCCGGCGUCCGUGGUGCAGAAGUUGGGAGGCAGCGUGAACCUGCGCUGUAGCGCUCGGCCGUCCUCCGCCAACAUCAGCUGGCAUCACAACGGUCAGGAGCUGUUGGACGGAGAGCUGGGCGUAGUUCUGGGGCCCGGUGGCCUGUUCAUUCCCACACUCUCCAACGUGACACUGGGGAGGUACCAGUGUGUGGUCAGCACCAGCGCCGGAGCUCUGGCCAGUGUGCCCGCUAAUGUCACCGCUGCCAAGCUGCGGGACUUCGAGCCCGAAGACCAGCAGGACAUCGAGGUCGACGAAGGCAACACGGCGGUCAUCGAGUGCCACCUGCCCGAGAGCCAGCCGAAGGCGCAGGUCCGCUACAGCGUCAAGCAGGAGUGGCUGGAGACUUCGAAAGGGAACUACCUCAUCAUGCCGUCGGGGAACCUGCAGAUCGCCAACGCCACGCAGGAUGAUGAGGGUCCGUACAAAUGUGCAGCCUACAACCCCGUCACUCAGGAAGUCAAGACGUCCGCCUCCGCCGACCGCCUGCGCAUACGCCGCUCCACGUCAGAGGCCGCUCGCAUCAUUUAUCCGCCGGCGUCGCGCUCCAUCAUCGUGACCAAGGGCCAGCGGCUGGUGCUGGAGUGCGUGGCCAGUGGCAUCCCGACGCCGCAGGUCACGUGGGCGAAAGACGGCCAGGAGCUGCACUCGCACAACAACACGCGCUUCCUGCUCAGCAACCUGCUGAUCGACGCGGUGGGCGAGAGCGACUCGGGGACGUACGUGUGCCGCGCCGACAACGGCAUCGGCUCGGCGAGCUCCGCGGCGGUGCUCUACGACGUGCAAGUGUUUGAACCUCCUCAGGUGACCGUGGAGCUGCAGCAGCACGAGGUCGUGUACGGAGAAAACGUCCGCAUCAUCUGUCAGGCCCGCGGUAAACCCGCCCCGUCAGUGAUGUGGCUCCACAACGCCCGGCCCCUGGCGCCAUCGACUCGCCACCGCCUCACCUCCCGGGUGCUGCGGGUCUCCAAUGUGGGGCCUCAAGAUGACGGACUGUACCAGUGCAUGGCUGAGAACGGGGUGGGCAGCUCGCAGGCCUCCACUCGCCUGAUCACGGUGUCAACUGGGAUUUCAACACGAGGGAAGUUACCCUCGAUCUAUCGGCCGCUCAGCCCAGACAAAGUGCUGAGAGAGCAGCCACCUGUGAGGCCUGGAGCCACAGGGGCCAUGUUGCCCCUGGAUUGCUCCGAACUACCCGGACAGAUCCUUCCCGCAGAAGCUCCCGUCAUCCUCAGCCAGCCACGCACAGGCAAAGCCGACUUCUAUGAACUCACCUGGAGGCCGCGGCACGAGCGAGGAGCCCCUGUUCUGGAGUAUCUGGUCAAAUACAGAAAGUUGGGAGAUCCUCAAGCAGAGUGGAUCUCCAGCAGCAUCUCGGGCUCUCUUCAUAAGCUGACUCUGGUUAAGCUGCAGCCCGACAGCCUGUAUGAGGUAGAGAUGACGGCAAAGAACUGUGCCGGUUUGGGACAGCCUGCUAUGAUGACCUUCAGAACCGGGAAAGGUGACAAAGGUCGCAAAGGUUUCGGAAGUCACAACGACCCGCCCAAAACUCCAGCUGUGCCUUCACCGAGCCUCUCCCCUCCCGAGGCCCCCGACAAGCCCACGGUCUCCACGGCAACGGAGACGUCCGCGUACGUGACUUGGAUUCCUCGCGGUAACCGCGGCUUCCCCAUCCAGUCGUUUCGGGUGGAGUACAAGAAGGUGAAGAAGGCGGGAGAGGACUGGGUGACGGCGGUGGAGAACAUCCCGCCGUCGCGGCUCUCCGUGGAGAUCACGGGCCUGGAGAAAGGUACGUCAUACAAGUUCCGUGUGGUGGCCGUGAACGUGAUCGGUUCCAGUCCUCCCAGUGUUCCUUCUAAGGCCUACACUGUGGUGGGUGGGAGGACACAUGAGCGCCCUGUAGACGGACCCUACAUCACCUACAAUGAAGCCAUCAACGAAACCACUGUCAUCCUCAAAUGGACGUACACUCCCGUAAACAACACGCCCAUCUAUGGUUUCUACAUCUACUACCGGCCAACAGACAGCGACAAUGACAGUGACUAUAAGAAGGAUGUGGUGGAGGGAGACCGAUACUGGCACUCCAUCACUGACCUGCAGCCCGAGACGUCCUACGACAUCAAGAUGCAGAGCUUCAACGAGAAGGGGGAAAGCGAGUUUGGAAACGUGGUGAUCCGGGAAACCAAAGCUCGUCCCCAUCCUCAUCGUCCCGAUCCCUCGCACCCUCCAGAUUCUGGUAGGGAGCUUCCCAGCGGAAUGGUGCCUCGGCCCGGCGACAUCCCCUACCUCAUAGUUGGUAUCGUCCUGGGAGCGUUUGUUUUCAUCAUUGUCGCCUUCAUCCCCUUCUGCCUGUGGAGGGCCUGGGCCAAACAGAAGCAAACUGCCGACUUGUGUUUCCCCGCUGUGGCUUCCUCAGUGUCCCCCUGCCAGUACACCAUGGUCCCCCUGCAGGGACUGGCCCUGGUCGGUCACUGCCCCCUGGACGCCCACAUGACCGCUCCACACGGCGUCUACCCCGUCAAUGGAGAAUACACUGCCAACGGCAAACCUCACCACCAAACACACCGUCUGCCGGGCCUGCAGCAGAAUGAGGUGGAUUGUGACAUGGAGUGUGACAUUCUGUUACCUCAGACUUUGUCAAAUGGACAUCUGCCCGUCUACCACUACUCCACCAGUGGAUCAGAUCACCACGAACAGACGUGCUUUCCUCCCGACGUCUCCACUCUCCAGCUCCUCGACUCUCACCAGCACUUCAGCUCACAGGAGGAGCUGGGAGGCGACGACAGCGUCUGCGGGGACGAAGAUAAAUCGGACGACGACGUCACUCAAAAGCCAACAUCUUUCCCUCUGUUAUCUCUCGAGGACGAAGGGAUCUUCACCACGUCCUCCUCGAGCGCCACAACGCCGGAGUCGCACGACGCGACGAUACAGGAAGUGAACAUCCUCCCGAACGAAGCGACGCCAGAGGACGAAGGGAGAGGCACCGCAACAGAUGUAUAAGAGACUGUCGAACAAACAAAAACAGAAGAAAAUAUUUAUUUUUGUAUCACAGAUAUUUAUGUAUUUAUGCGUUUGUACAUAACUGUAUGAUUAUACUGUAUAUAAGGUUAUUUUCAUAUUGAAAGAAAAGACUCUUCAUGCAGCGCCCUCUCAUUUCACCUUGUAGACAAAGGGAGAACCAUGUGGUGACGCUGAUGUUAUCGGCACCGUCAUGUUUUAGUCUCUCCUCCUCCUCACGUCAUUCCCCCGUAGAGACCUUCGCCCUUUCCUUUAGUGUUUUUCGGAUGUUAGGGACUUUUAGCUUUACAGAAACAAAAGGGACCACUCAAACCAGUCCAGUGCUGUAAAUUACGAGGUGCUUCUUCACCGUUUGCUUUAUCGAGACACGACUCUUCCCCCCCCCUCCGCCUGUCGCCGCGUAUAGCCGUAACACAACCGUAUUAAGCGUCGCUCAUCAUUAACAAAAAACUAUUAACAAGUGUAUGCAACGUAAAUCUGUUUUUUUUUUUAAAGUAGUGUACAAGAGAUUAUAUAUAUAUGUAUAUUGUAUAGUUAUUUAUUUUUUUAAUGUUAUGUUAUAUUUUUAAAAGUCACUGGGAGAGAUUCUGGAAAAACAACGAAAAAUCUUUUAACUCAGUCAUUGAUAAGCUGAACUUCUCUCGAUACUGCGACCACUUGUGUUUUACUCAUUUUGCUGGUUACCAAAUGACAGCCAGGUGAGGGCGCUGUGACAGGUGUGUGUCAGUAUUAUUCCUCCCUCACAGGUCGGUGCUUAAGUAUCUGCAAUCAAAAUGAAGGAGAUCCUGAAUCUACACUCCCCCCUCCCCCUCUCCCCUUACCUCCUUUUUUUUUGUUUUGUUUUAAAGUAUAGCUGUUUUUAUGGUUGCACAUGCUGGAGCACUAUUGCAUGUAAAUAAAGGCUUAUGAAAUUGA